AGUUCCUGGAAUCAGGCUUUACUGGCCCAAUUUAGGACUGUCAUGACCAGGGAGCAGGAAUACUGUUACAUUCUUGUUUUGGAUAUCCAAAGGACAUUUUUUUCACUAUGGAAAUAGGCUCUCAGUGCUUAAGUGAUCUUCUUUAAGGUCUACAGUGGGAAUUGUUGAGGCACACUCCACACCCUGGCUGCUUAUAAAAGGUCCGGGGAGUAUUUUAACAUGAUGACAAUACCGCAAAUCUCUGCGGCUUAACUUUGAUAUACCAUGGAGAAGAGAUGAUCCUGUCCAUCUAUAGCUAAAGAAAUCAAAUUUAAAGAUUAUGGGGAAUUCGUACGCAGGGCAGCUGAAGUCUGCCCGCUUUGAGGAGGCUCUUCACAACUCUAUAGAGGCCUCGCUGAGAUCGAGCGGUGGCGACCCACAGCCCGUAUUCACGCAGCUGUAUCUUGAGCCCGAUCAGUAUCCUAACAAUCUGGAAGAUAUUAAACCCAAAAUAGACUUGAGCCUGAAGUCCGACCCAUCCAGCCAUGUGCUGGUGAAUUGCCAGCCCUCCAAUUGCAUUGAGGAUUUGGAUGAUGAGGACGAAUCAGACACCAGCAGUCCACCGUUGCCUUACCUACAGGGAACCCCUCCUGAUGGCUGCUGCACUAUUGAUGGAUUCUGUCAAGCAGGAAAGGAUCUGCGCUUGGUUUCCAUGACAACAGAGUCUAUCGAGGUUCCUGCAGGGUUUGAGCUAGUCGGUGCAAAAUCGCCCAGCAUCCCAGAGCACAUUCUAGUCUGUGCAGUGGACAAGCGCUUCCUGCCAGAUGAGAAUGGGAAAAAUGCACUUUUAGGAUUUUCAGGGAACUGUGUGGGCUGUGGUGAGAAAGGGUUCCGAUACUUCACAGAGUUCUCCAAUCACAUCAACCUGAAGUUGUCCACCCAGCCGAAGAAGCAGAAGCACUUAAAGUACUACCUGGUGAAGAACUCUCAGGGUGCUCUGUGCAAGGGAGCUCUCAUCAGCUGGAAAGAUUGCAAGACAAGGCCUUUCUCAAGCAGUGCUUCUUCAUCCAAGCCUAGUUCCUCAUCCUCACUAAGCAGCAAAGAAAAUGGAGACACAAAUGGCCACAGUCCAUCUCCCUUCCCCCUCUCAGAUUCACCUCCGGCUCGCCUGCAGUCCAGUUCCUCCUCAGGUAUUUUUGGAACGCCAGAUCUGUGCUUCCUCAAACCGUUGAACACACCGACCCAUGGGACCAAGACAUUACCAAUCGUGCCCACUGCUCUGCGAGUCAAUGGUCUAACUAAUGGCCUGAGUAUAGAUGGACGGUCCAGUCUGCUGAGCCCCCCUCAUGCAAACCCACUCACCACACCUAUUCAUGGCCUUUAUCGGGCCACAGAACCAGGGGACGCCCCAGCAUCUUCUGCUAUGGCAUCAGGUCCACCCAAAAAGCGUCACCGCAGCUGGCACCCCACCUCUCUAGUGCCCGUCCCUGCCACUGCUGUUCCUGUACCAGCCAUCCGGCCACUGGCAUGCAGCUCUGUUCCAGGUUCUUUGUUGACCUUAUCCAGUCAACAGCCUCCAUCAGUGUCGGGGGUCAUACAGCCCCAACCAAUCACAGCAGGAGAAACGGUCAUCGUACCCGACAACCUUCUGAGCACCUCCGGGGUCCGACCAGUGCUUCUUAUAGGUCAAGGCACUUUACCGUACUUCUUUGGCAAUGUGGGUGAUCUGGUGGUGAGCCCCUUGCUGGUCAGCUGCUAUAAUGGCAGAGAGCUGAAUGAAAAGACCCUCACCAGUCUGGGCAUGUCAGCCAGCCAGUUACUCACUACAGAGACCAUGAUACUGCUCACACUGCAAUACCUCGCACGACUUGGCACGGAGCAGAUCCCAUUGCGCGAAGAGUUUGAGCAGAUCGUUCUGAAGGCAAUGCUGUGUGGGCCGACCGGACCUUCUGUGUCCCCAGCCCAGUUGCCGUGGUUAGCUCGUAUGGAGGCCAGUGUGUCGGGGGGCAGUGUUCAGGUGGUGGUCAUACACGGCUCUCUAGGAGAGGGCAUCUCAGAGUCACUGCACUCACUGAGUGAAACACCUCUGCAGCAGCAGCAGUGUUUGCCAAACUAUGUGCUCAUUAUCUGCACCUCGAAAAGUGGGGCUAAUGAGUUCUGUGUGCUGGUGCUGGGUAAAUAUCAGUCUCGAGCUCUUGCGGAAAGCAUGCUCACAACGAACGAGUUUCUGAAGGAGAUCAGCUACGAGCUCAUCACAGGGAAAGUUAGCGUGCUUGCUUCACACUUCCAAAGCACCUCAUUAGGGGACAACUUGAACAAACAGCUGGUUCGGUAUCAACGUAAACGCAAAGACCGCGUGGUUCAGCCUUUCCAGGGACAUCUCACUGAAUACAUCCACUCCCAAGAGGCAGCAGCCAUGAUUCCAGAAUCAGGGCCAGAGCUGUUGAGUGACAGUUUUCAAAUACACCCUCCACAACUAAGUGUGGCACGCAGUCUCCUGUCACAGGUGUGUGCUAUUGCCGACUCAGGCAGCCAGAGUUUGGAUCUGGGCCGCUUUUGCAAGGUAGACUUCCUGAUUUUGGUACCGCCAUCUCAUGUACUGGCUCACCAAACGAUGCAGCGGAUACGACAAUCAGGUGUCCUGCUAGAUCUAGGGAUAGAGGAUGCAUCAUUUGCCCUACAGAAAUCCGACAAGUAUGUAGUGCGUCUGGAUGCGGAGGUCCACACAAAAAUGGAGGCUUUCAUGAGGAAGGUCAAGCAGAACCCUUAUACACUCUUUGUCCUCAUUCACGACAACUCUCAUGUCGACCUGACCAGUGCUCUGUCAGGUUCAGUUUGUCACGGGGAGCUGCAGGGAUUGGCCGACCGGGUGGUGAACUGUCCAGAGGUUCUGGAAGCCAUAAACCUGCUGGUACUGCAGGUCAGCUGCUUUCCCUUCACACUACAGAGCCAUCAGUCACGCAUCAGCUCCCAGAAUGAAGUACACUGGCCCAACACUGAGAUCCUGCAGGGUGAAGCAUUACCUAAGGAUCUGGUCUACUUUGGGCUGAAAGACUACAGCAGGUCACUUCAAUGGGGGGUGGCGAGUCCAAUCCUUCGAUGUGAUGAUGCCUUUGAGCGGAUGGUCAAAACGCUUCUAGAGAGGCACCCACACUUGCACAGUAUGGUGAUCCGCAGCUAUCUGCUCAUCCAGCAGUACACAGAGGCACUAAUGGCCCUCACCGCCGCUCCCUCACUGAGGGACCACGUGACGCCUCAGACCCUCGCCAUGGUGGAGGAUCUGCUGAGUGUGCCUGGUCGCAGCAGACAUGGGUGCGGGCACAUGCUGCUGGUGCGUGUGCCCUCACUGCAGCUUGCACGUCUGGCACAGGAACGGUUGGAAGAGGCCCGGGACAAAUUGGGUUUGCAGUAUCGCUUCGCUGUGCUGCUAGGCAGCCCUGUUGCGGAGAUCAACCUGCCUGUGCACUUCUGUGCCCGUCUGCGAGCUUGGCGGGGCUGUAAAAAUGAAGAAUGGGUCCCUCACACAUAUGAAGAUCUGGAAGGACUUCCAUGCAUUGUCAUCCUCACUGGAAAAGACCCUCUAGGAGAGACUUUCCCAAGGUCUCUGAAGUACUGUGACCUGCGGCUGAUAGACUCCAGCUAUCUGACACGAACAGCCCUGGAGCAGGAGCUGGGUCUGGCUUGCUCGUACGUCACACGCAGUGUUAUACCUGAGAUGAAAACUGCAGCAGGCAGAGAGGAGAGACAUAGAGAGGAUGAGAGAAGCUCAGGAGAAGCAACAGAACAUGAUGAACUCCAGAUGGAGCUGGAGAGACCACCCAGCAAUGCCAGUGCUGCUACCAGAACCUCUGGUGGUUCUACCACUGAAAACGGUGUCAGUUCUUCAAGCAUACUUGACAAACCCUCCUCCCAUGGUGACCCUGCCAGUAGCAAUAGAGCUUUAAUAGACUCUCCUUAUCGCGUCAAACAAGAGUGCGACUCCCAGGCACCCUCCUCAUCCGCCACGGCCUCUUUCUCCUCUGCCUCCUCGGCCUCUUCCUCCUCAUCGUCUCCGGCAGCUCAGAGACCGAGUCAGUCCACGCAGGCUCCACGAGAAGGGAGCAGGACUCAAGUCUUCCCCAGGACAGCGGUGCUGUCCCGGGCGGCGUACACCCUGCUUGCCCCUGAGACGCUGGGUCAGCCCAACUCGGCAUCCCUGCUGCCCCAUGCUGAUGUGGCCUGGAGCAGUCCUCUCAGAUCGCCUGUUCCCCAUAGCCUAGGAGGAGCAGAGCAGUCUAUGUACUAUCGGCAGUGGACCACAGCCAGGCACCACCACGCCGAUUACGAAGGGCCACCCGUGCCACAUCCCAGAAGACUGCUGUUGAGUGGACCACCGCAGGUGGGAAAAACAGGCGCGUACUUGCAGUUUCUGCGGAUUCUGUUCCGUAUGCUGAUUCGCCUUCUGGAGGUGGAUGUGUAUGAUGAAGAAGAGCUGGAGGAGGAUGUGCCAGACAAAUCAAAGGUUCAACCUGCCAGUUUACUACAGUGGCCUGACGUGGAGGACAUCCGUAAACUGCGAUUUGACCUUUACCCCCAUGACCAAAAGUUCAGACAUGCAAGUCCAGUGCAUACAGACCGGAUUCCAAAGACACUUAACGGAGUGAAAAUAGAGAGACUGGAGGCAGAUGGAGAACAACCGAAGAGAAACACUGUGUCAGUCAGACUUAGCAUGUUUGCGGCGCACAAUGCGUUUCACCACUGUGAGCAGUGUCACCACUACAUCGAGCCAACUCCUGCCACACAGCUGUCCGAUUGCACCUUCCAUGCCUUCACGUUCUGCUCAUCCAUGCUGGGAGAAGAAGUCCAGCUGCACUUUAUCAUUCCUAAAGCCAAAGAGCAUCACUUUAUUUUCAGUCAGCAGGGCAGUCACCUGAAGAGCAUGUGUCUCCCUCUGCUCUCUGACAAGGACACUGGCAUGCAGAAAAGUCCCAUCUUCACCCCCACCACGGGUCGACAGGAGCACGGCCUUCUCAACAUCUUCCAUGCCAUGGAAGGAGCCGAACACCUGCACAUAUUGGUGGUCAAGCAGUAUGAAAUGCCCCUUUACAGGAAGUACUGGCCCAACCACAUCCUGCUGGUGCUGCCUGCUAUGUUCAACAAUUCAGGAGUGGGAGCAGCUCGGUUCAUGAUCAAAGAGUUGUCUUACCACAACCUGGAGCUGGAGAGGAAUAGACAGGAGGAGCAGGGCAUUAGACGACAGGACAUCUGGCCUUUCAUCGUCAUGAUGGAUGACUCAUGUGUCCUGUGGAAUGCCCAUCAGCCUGGACCCGAGGGCAACAGUGAGGAGAUGAAUGUGUCACUGAAGAGCGUCUUACAGAACAUGGAGGCCACUCCAAAGGUCUCUCUGUAUGCCAUGUGUGGCCUGCGGAAAUGGAGCAGUAGUUUGUCUUCUCAAGCUUCUUCAGUUCCUUUCUCUCGCUGUCACCUCCAUGACCUCAUCAUGCUGAAUGUUGACCUCACCCAGAACGUCCAGUAUGACCUCAACCGGUUCACGUGUGAGGAAGUGGACUUUAACCUGAGGGCAAACAGCAGUGGUCUUCUGCUGUGUCGUUUCAAUCACUUUAGCGUCAUGAAGAAACACAUUCCCAUUGGAGGACACAAAGACUUCCUCAUUACACCCAAACUCAUGAGGAUGGAGACCCCAGUGCAUGUCAGUGCGUCUCAGUAUGUCUGUGCUCCAGACAGUGAACAAACUCUUCUGUCCGCACCGGCUCAGUUCUUGCUGGAGAAGUUUCUGCAGAGCUGCAGUCAUCGACUCUUUCCUCUGGCCCUCUGUAACAGUGCCAAUCCAGUGCUGUCCAUUGACAGCUACCUCAACCUUGGCCCAGAGAUUGAGGUUUGUUACGUGAGCUCUCGGCCUCACUCAGUGAAUGUGGAUCAUCAGGAAGUGGUCUUCAGUGGGCUGGUGCUCUAUCUGUGUGAUUCAUUUGUAGUUUCGAGUCUCCUGAAGGAGUUCAACUUUCUGAAAGGCGCCACAUUGUGCGUGAUCUGUCAAGACCGCAGCUCUCUUCGUCAAACUAUUGUGCGUUUGGAACUGGAGGAUGAGUGGCAGUUUCGUCUGCGAGACGAGUUUCAGACGGCCAACUGCAGUGAGGACAGGCCCCUAUACUUCCUCACCGGCCGCCAUAUCUGAACACUGACAACUAUAACACCUCCAUUUCAGCUUUUUGGCCACAACAUGGAGAAAAUGCUAUCCAGCAUCAAGGGAGAAUAAGACUUGAGACUGUACUGGAACAUAGCUUUUCUAUAAGGAGAAUUCCUCCUAAAGGUUCAUUCCCAUGGGCUCGCCACUCAGCAUUACCUCUGAUAAUGUUUUGAGGACAAAGACUCAUUUUGGAAGAGCUUUGAGAACUUUGUUGAUGAUGUUUGCAUGUCCUAACACUCAAGGACAUUUUGAGAUGUCUGACUGAUUGUAAAUGUUCUUAUAUGUCCUCUUUGGACACAUGUAUAAUCUCAGGGUUUUUUUCUCUCAAGACAAGACUUACUACUGCUAUUCAUUUCAUGUCUAUUGCCUAUUUCAUAUAUUUCCUGAUGCCAUACACCAAAAACUUCUAAACUCCUUAAGCCGGAAUCUCACCUACAUAAGUUUGCACAGGUGCAGUUGCACAGCAGCACGUGUUGCUUAGGUGUGCAUUCUUGCAUACACUGGUCAUGGUCGACUAGAACUAAAUCCAUCUAGCAUUGUCAAGGUGAAAUGACUUAAAAUCCUCUAGAAUCUUUUAUCUUGCCAAAAAUAUUGCCAAAUAUAAUCAAAAACACUGAAUCCAUGCUCCUGUGAGUAAUCUGUUAUCCAAGUAUUUUCAUUGGGUCAACAAAGUUUAAUUACUGGUUGUUUUCAUUUUUGACCUAUAACAGCCAAUGUGUGCCUAUGUUCUUUAUUCUUUGUAAUGCUAGCUGGUCAAAAAAUAUAUUAAAACUGCUCAAGGUGGUUUCCCUGAUAGCACAUGUACAUCACUGGAAUACCAGUGCCCAAAACCCUUCUAAAACCUUCAAACCAGACCAGCGUGGUGGUUAGCUAAGACUAGCAAGCCACUGUAGGCUAAGCUAUUGAAACUUUUAAACAUUUUUAUUAAAGAGGGACAUGCCUGAUGAUCUUAUGCAUAUAACGUCACAUUCCUAACAGCAACAGGUGAGAUGUUUGUUUUGGAUCUGCUUUCAGCAUUCAAGAUAGGUUAUUGUCUCUACAGUUAGCCUCGUGUAAUCAUCAUAUUUUGCCAAAACAUUCCUUAUUUUGAAGUAGCUGGGAAUGUUUGGAGUUGCACACUGUGAAUGCCGCAAGUGAAAUAAUCCUGAAGAACUCACAAUCCAAAACGCCACGCCAAAAGAGGCAGUGAACGGCGAUUUUAAUGGAAAUGUGAAAUCAAAUCAUCAAAACAGCAGCUAGCUUGCUAGCUAGUUAGCUUUUAUAGCAUGUUUGAGAAGAUUAAUUAUCUCAACAGGGAUAUCUUGUGGCGUUUAGGACUUGUUGGAUGUUUAAAGAAAAAGCUUUGUUUACAUUUUAAGAAAUGCCGAUAUUAAUAUAUUUGACAAACUUUUUGUCACUUUGGAUUUGGCUAGUUUUACAGAAAGGUCACUUUGAGCCAUAUGAAUCACGGAUAACCUGCAAUUUUAUUUUUCUUAUGUCCAUGGCACAAAGAGUCUACCUAGGAUUUCCAAUGUGUAGGAUCCUGUAGUUUCUGUUUUGGGUGAUUUAUUUAACAUGAAAAAAAAUGAUGUUUUUUCUUGAGGGAUUGUUUUUUUUUGUUUUUUGUAUUUAUUGAAGAAGCUUCUUGGAGUGUUAAUCAUUUAAAUAUCUGGAAAGCUUAGCUAUUGGUCAAGUCCUUGAAUUAGUCACCUUUGCACACUUCCAUUGAUACUAUGUAUAGAUGCUGUAUUAGAAAUGAACUAAUGUAAACAAAAGAUAGCAUAACAAAUAUAUGGUUUACAUGCAUUGCCAGUAUCAACUGACUGGAUUGUUUGUAAUAAAAAACAUCAGGUCCAUUAGUGAUACUGAUUGUAAUCAUUGUAAGCCAAAUGCCCACUUGACAACCUUAAGAAUGUCUCAUUUGUAGAUAAUUUGAUGUGCACAUAAAUUAUGCAAUUUGCUUCUCACAAUCGUUUCAUCUUUUCUGUCAGCUGUGAAUAUUUGAAGUUUGUGUAGCACCAACCCAUUUGAAAUGUUCUACCUCAUGAUCUACUUGGCGACUUUGGUUUUGUAAACAUGUGAUUUCAGAAACAUGUUCUUAUUGUUAUUGAGAUAAGGAAUGUAAUAAAGUGUCAUCAACAAACUACUGAAUAUGUGAUUGUUA